CAAAGUUCAGCAGUUGAACGGAGUCGAGCGAAGAGUUGCAAACAGCUUAAAUUCCGUUAGUUUUAAAUACGCGGUCUUGUGUUUUAAUACUAGAUACAACAGCGUCGAACUGACGGUUAGAUUAACGUUAGAUGAGUAGUGUUUAGAUAAGCAGUGUUUAGAUAAGCGUGCACAGCGUCUGUAUUGAAACCGUACACUGCUUGUAUAUUUGAAGGAUUUCCUUUUUAAUCGUUUAAAAUCUAAAAGCAAAACAUAGUUCGUACCUCUUCCACGUUUGAGAGUGUUAAAUCGUCUCAAAUUCAAGUUCGUUUUGCUUACCUGAAGAUCCUGCUCUAAAGAUGUUGUGGACAUCGUCAGCAUUUGUGAGGCGUAUUGCAACGUCAUCCAGCAGACUUGGCAAAAAUGAAAGCCUGUUUACAAUCCACCCGGCUGUAAAAGAGGCCCUAGCUGAUCACAGACCAGUUGUGGCCCUUGAAAGCACAAUUAUUACACAUGGAAUGCCUUACCCUCACAAUCUCAGCACAGCUAGAGAAGUGGAGACGAUUGUAAGGGCCGAGGGUGCCACCCCAGCUACCAUUGGCAUUCUGGAGGGCAGAAUUCACGUGGGUCUUUCCUCAGAUGAGCUGGACUUUUUGGCACAGAGUAAAACAGCGCUCAAAGUGUCCAGAAGGGACCUGCCUUAUGUCAUCAGCAAGGGUCUGUCCGGUGGUACCACUGUCUCCGGCACGAUGAUUGCGGCUCACUUGGCUGGGAUUCGUGUCUUUGUAACUGGAGGCAUUGGAGGAGUUCAUAGAGAUGGAGAAAACUCACUGGAUGUGAGUGCCGACCUCACCGAACUGGGGCGAACUCCUAUUGCUAUUGUAUCUGCUGGGGUUAAAUCCAUCCUAGAUAUUGGUCGCACUCUUGAAUUUUUGGAAACUGAGGGUGUGUGCGUGGCCACGUACGGAGAUACAAAAAGCUUUCCGGCUUUCUUCUCCCGGCAAAGUGGAUUUACUUCUCCAUACUCUGUCUCCAGUGCUCAAGAGGCAGCGGAGCUUAUUGCAAGCACAUUAGAUCUGGGCUUACAGAGUGGCAUUCUCUUGGCUGUUCCCAUCCCUGAAGAACACGCAGCCACAGGAAAGCUGAUUGAAGAUGCCAUACAAACAGCAUUGUCUGAGGCCAGCUUGAAGGGGGUCACAGGAAGAGAUGUCACACCUUUCGUUCUGCAGUGCGUCAAUGAACUGUCUAAGGGAAAGUCCUUGCAAGCCAAUAUAGCGCUCAUCCAUAACAAUGCCAAGGUGGGCAGUCAGAUAGCGUGUGCCCUUUCUAAACUCAAAGACAAAGAACGCUUAAGAGGUGGCAUUGGGACCCAGAAGUCAAAGGGCCAGAAAAUGGACUCCAAAACUAUCGUUAUAGGCGGAAUAAACGUUGAUUUAAUCGCUAAAGGAAAAACAAAGAAACUGCUGUUUGGUCAAACAAAUCCAGGAAGUGUGUGCCAGUCAUUUGGAGGAGUGGGCAGAAAUAUUGCUGACUGUUUGAGUCGUUUAGGACACAAACCUCUCUUCAUCUCUGCAACCGGAAAAGACUCUCACAGUGAAGCUGUAUUAAACUAUUGUAAACACAUGGAUACGAGUGCAAUUGCCAGAUUACAGGAUCAGAAGACCGCCACCUAUUGUGCCGUCAUAACUGAGUCUGGCGAGCUGAGCCUGGGGUUGGGCGACAUGGACAUCCAUCAGCGAAUACAAGAGCAGUAUGUUUCUCAGUAUGAAAAUCAGAUUGCAUCGGCCUCCCUUGUAGUUCUCGAUGGCAACAUUCCUGUGUCAACCAUCGAUUAUGUGUGCGCCAUCGCCAAGAAAUAUUCAGUCCCGGUGUGGUUCGAACCCACUGAUGCUGAUAAGGCUUGCAAACCCUUCCUGUCUGAGAGCUGGAAAUCCCUUUCAUACACUUCCCCCAACCUGACUGAGCUCUGCACCAUGAAUCGCACACUAGGUUUAUCCACUCCAACAGAGUUGCCCAGGUCUCUUGAGGAUGUCUUGAGCUGUGUACCGGCUCUCUCACGCCCUCUGCUGGAUCAUCUGCACUGUGUGGUGGUUACUUUGGGGUCGGCGGGUGUGGUUUUAUGUGGAGAGCAGGAGGCAGGGACUGUAAAUUUGCAACCAAGAAUGGAAAAACGGAAAGGACAGCUGUGUGCUGUCCAUUAUCCUGCACUCGCUGUGACCUCAGAAGAAACUGUAAAUGUGUCCGGAGCCGGAGACAGUUUUGCUGGAGCAAUGAUGGUCGGGAUGCUCCAGGGAAGAAACACAGACAACUGUGUGCGAAUGGGUCUUCUUGCUGCCCGUAUGUCCUUGUUGAGUCCUCACCCAAUCGAUCCAUCUUUAACAAUAGAUGCUAUCCAUCCAGAGAAGUCACAACUGUGGUCCAAGCCUACAUUAAUGUGCAUGUAGUUCCGCCUACUUUGCAGGUUGUCUUUAUAGACAUACCAUCUAAAGUGUUCAGAUAGAUGCUUUUGUGAGCUUUUAAUCAAAUGGGUGCACAACAAGGGUUUUUAAUUGUGUAUGCAGGUGUUGGGUGUGUUUAAUUACUUAAAGUUGUAUAUUGAUUUGAUGUUUAUUUCAAUCAAUGGGUCUAAACCUCUAACUCGCUCACAUUGAUCUAAACUGUAGUAGUGGAGACUGUAUAUUGUGUAAAAUCCUACCUCAUAUUUUCAAUGGGACAUUUCUGUUUUUUACAUACAGUAUAGUAAUAUGCUUGACAAUUUACAGACCUCCCUUGAUGUGAGCCAGUAUUAUUUAAUGAUAGACACUUGGUGAAAACAUUUUUAUUGCGAUUUUUAACUGAUUAAUUAUGCCAAUUAAAUGUUUUAUGCUGUAUAACGUACUUUGAAUGUUGAAAUGCCAGUCUCUGGUGUACAGUAUUUUAUUUUACUUUUAAAAUGUUUUUCUUAAAACACUGAACCAUUCAAGUGAGUUGGAAAAAAUGGUUAAAAAAUGUAAAAUACUAUAUCCUGCAUAU